CACUCUCUCAAGUGGCCAGUCCAACGGACACUGUCUUUAAUCUCAUAAAACUACAUUUGCCUCAUUUUCUUAUAUAUCUUACUCUGUCCUCCUUCGUUUGUUUCUUUACCUUCGAUCCUUCCUGUCGCUCCCUUAUUAGUCGUCUGUAUCUCGACUCUUUUCCCUCGCGUUUCCCCCCACCGAGCACACUAAAAGAGCCUCACUCAGGCGUUCAACGACCAUGUCACGGCCCUCCUCUCGAGCUCGGGGAGCGGCUAGAAGCCUUGCAGAGUCAUUGGACGAAGACAACAGAGAAGUCCUGGCUUCUCUCGAGCGCAGGCGGCCCUCGAGCCCAAUGUCCAGAUCCAGACCUUCUCGAACUGCCACCCCACCACCCUUUCGAAACAUGCUUGACGUCGGCGGUUCCUCUUCAAGACGUGGCUCAGCAGCCGGUCUUGCUUCUGGCACGUCCAGUCCCGACGCCACCAGACGUCGUUCCGUCCAACUUGACCCCUCGGAUCCUUCAACCUACACCACUCGUCACAGCAGCAAACCGAGUUCACCAGUCCUUGCAAAGGCCACCCCUGUCAUGUCUCAGGAUUCUUCCUCAGCGCACGAUAUACCUGCCGAUCUCCCACAAAUUAAGAUGCCAGAAGAUAAGAGCGGGCCUGAACAAAGUUCCCACAGUGAUCCAUUUACCGCAACUUCGAACGAGGCUGGCACGAGCAUAUCACACCCUCCCGCGCCAGGGCAUACCCGCGAAGGCUCGAGCUCUGCCAUGGCUGCUGCUAUGUCUGGAGACUUCUCGUAUCUCAACCUAGGAUCCAGCCCUCGCAAGCAUUCCACACAUUCCUCCCAAUCCCAUUCCAGGUCACCCGCCUCCCGAACCCGCAAAGCGGAAGGAACCAAAUCCCCCAGUCUAUUAAGCCCUUCUAAGGUACCGGGCACCCAGACCGGGCUAUCGGCGUCCCAACGCAGACUUUCCAACAAGUCAAACAGCUUCUCUACCGUGGGUGAUGAUUCAGAAGAGGGGCAGGGUAGAGUCCUGCAAGAUGGGGUUGGCGACGAGGAUGCGCUUGCUGAAUACAGCGAAGACGAUGCUUCUGUGAGCAGUGAUGAUGACGAGACUAGAGGUCGAACGGAUCGACGCAAGGCAUCUGAUACGCCGGAACCCGAUGGCACGACUGGCAUGUCCCAGUCAGGCGUGCAGUCAACGCCAGGAACGGGAGCAUCGGAAGCGUCGCAAGAGGUCAAGUCACCAUCGGAACCCUCGAUUUCUGUCACGAGUCCCAGUGGAGACAACGUAGUGCAAAAGAAAGAUAAAGUCGAGGUCCAACCACCAAACAACUUUGUGACGCCGGUAUCAACGGUCUCUGGGGACGAAGAGGACGAAGACCUGGCAGCUAUUCAGAAGGCCAAGAGUCUGGCCCUCAAUAUGUCACCACUGGACUCGAGCGUGCCGGAUCGACAUGUGCGAGUGGUGCUACGAGGCGACUGGAUUCGUUUUCAGCAGGAGGCUGAGGUUGGUGGGCGGGCCGGGAGACUGUACCUGGUGUGCAGCGAUCUUAGUACAGAGGCCAGCUAUGCGAUGGAGUGGGUGGUAGGGACUAUGUUGAGGGACGGGGACACGUUACUGGCGGUGUACGCGAUCGAGGACGAGAACGCGGGCAAGACGACCGAGGCGGAUCGAGAGAUCUUGCAAGCAGAAGGCACGCAGGCCGGUAAGGACGCGACUGAUGUCAUGGCCACUCUCACGAGACAGACGACCCAAGGAGGAGGCACCAGCGUCGGGCUCGACUUGAGGAACAAGUACAUUCCGGCGACCGAGGCUCAGAGCCUGACAGGGUCGGUGGAUGCACGCAAAACAUCCAAAAAGCAGAUGGAGCGGCUGCGAGCGGUGGAGGAGAUUACAGGCAACUUUAUCAAAUUGGUGCGGAAAACAACACUACAAGUCCGAUGCAUGGUGGAAGUGAUACAUUGCAAAAGUCCGAAACAUUUGAUACUUGGCGCGAUUGAUACCCUGGACCCUACGCUGUGCGUGGUGGGCACGCGGGGACGAAGUUCUCUCAAGGGAGUCUUGCUUGGCUCAUUUUCCAACUAUCUGGUGACCAAGUCCUCGGUUCCAGUGAUGGUGGCACGAAGACGACUUAAGAAACCUCGAUCACAAGUCAAGGUGAGCAGUAGCAAGAUUCGGUUGUCCAACAACCUGACGGCAAGUCACCUCCCGACCCAACGGAAGAGUUUGACGCAAGCCCGGAUUGAUUAAAGAGGAUUGGCCACUAUAAGGAGGAAGGCCUGUGGUCCCUCGUCGAUGGCGGGGCCAACCAAGGGUCAGCUGCUGUCCGAGGUGACCGUGAGAGCGGUUCAUGCGCCGUAGAAAUUGCAGAAUACACAAUUCAACCAUUUGUGCCGAA